AUGGCACUGCUGUACUUCCUACUCCUGGUUUCCAAUCAGCUACUGCUCGUGUCAGCACCAGCUUUACGGUGCCCUGACAGCUGUCGCACUAGCUACUCUGUAAAUCUGUCGGAAGGGAAGCGACUCUCCUGUCGCUGUCCAGACAAAAACUGGCCAGGGUCCCCCUGCAGCUGGAUUGGGUACAGAGGAACGUAUCGCUUCCCUGCAUGUCUCGACGCCAUACCAACUGACUUCGACAAAGCCACGUCAUCGAUCUUCAUCAUGCACCUUCGUUCCUCAACCAUUUCCGAGCGGUCUUUCCCAAACAGCCCAGAAGUACGGUUCCUUGUGAUCCUACAUUCCAACGUGUCCACGGUACAGCCAGGGGCUUUCCAAGGUCUGCCACUGCUGAAAAGCCUUUCCCUCCGCGACAACCGUAUCUCCAGUCUUGAACCCGAUACCUUCCUUGGGCUUGAGAGGGUAACAGACCUGAACCUUGAAAGGAACGCCAUUUCCGUCAUAUCCCAGCAUGCGUUCCGAGGCCUGCUUCUCCUGGCCAAGUUGAGGUUGAAUGAUAACCGCCUGCGUUCCAUGCCCAUCGACGCACUCCUGCCGCUUACGGUACUGAAGCAUGCAAGCCUGCAAAGAAACCACAUCACCACGAUUGACAGCCAAGUCCUGCGUCUGAGCCACCUACAGCUUUUCCUAGCAAACAACCAGCUGAAAUGUGACACAAAUCUCACCUGGUUCAUCUGUCAUCUGCCAGAGUUGAAUCACAUCUUUGACCGUAACUUCCUGAUGUGUGCAUCGCCUACUGACCAGAGCGGAAUUCUGCUUGCCACCGUGAGGAAGGACAUCAGGUCGGGGGGAUGUGAUGAAAUUUCCACCACAACAGGUCUGCAUACCCACCACACUAGUCCGUAUAACUACACCAUUCCCACGGAGAUGCUAUACACAAACGCCACGCGAGGCUCAAAGUACAAGGCUACAACAAGCCAGGCUACAACCAGGACUGACAUUGUCACUCUUCCAAGUUUUGGCCCAAUCCUCACCGAGAAAGAUGACAGUUACCACGUCAAUGCCGUCAUUGUGGCUGUUGCUGUGCCCCUCCUCAUGGUGUUGGUAUGGGUGAUUGCCGUCUGCUUGUACGAACGCUGUCACAGCACAGAUCCGGCUCGUCACAAUGCCCCUGCUGAAACUGAUGGAAACUCCACUCCUUCGGACAGAGACUCAGUCACAGGCAGACAACUGAGUUCUGUUGAGGACCAGACAUCAGAAGGCAACAAUGACAUUGAGCCAUACGCUGUGUCAUACAUGGAUGUGUCGGGGAAAGGGAAAAACGGCAAGCUUGCACCGUACGCAACAACUUCCUUUGCUAACAUCCAGCCAAAGGAACCAGACAAUGAUGACAUCCAGCCAAUAGAAGACAACGAUGACAUUGAGCCGUAUGCUGUGUCAUACAUGGAUGUGUCAGGGAAAGGGAAAAACGGCAAGCUUGCACCGUACGCAACAACUUCCUUUGCUAACAUCCAGCCAAAGGAACCAGACAUGGAUGUGUCAGAGAAAGGGAAAAACGGUAAGCUUGCACCGUAUGCAACGACCUUCAUUGAUGAAGACCCAGGGCCACAGCUUCAGCCGUAUGCAGUGACCCAUGAAGAAGACCCAGGGCCACAGCUUCAGCCAUAUUCAGUGACCCACGAAGAAGACCCAGAGCCACAGCUUCAGCCAUAUUCAGUGACCCACGAAGAAGACCCAGGGCCACAGCUUCAGCCAUAUUCUGUGACCCACGAUGGAGACCCAGGGCUGCAACUGACAAGAAACAUCACGCAUCCAGUCACCCAACCAAGGGCAACAAACAUCACACAACCAAUCAUCCAACCAGGGGGCCAGGCAAAAGAGGCCAACAUCAAGCCAAACUACGAGAGAGGCUGUCUGUCAACAAGAGACAGCAGGGGUCCUUAUGGACUGGACGAGGGGAAGGAGGUCCCAAGUGUCAGUGGGACGCUGUACAGGAGUGGCUCACAGCACACUGGUGCAGAGGACAGCACAUCUCACAUGUUGUACAACACAGCUCAACUGGUAGCCAGGCGGGUUGGAUUCGAUUAUGGUCUCCAAGGACAGGACUGUUAG